AUGUACGGAACGUCAGUUUUAGAGUUAGGGAAUGGAGCCAUAGUGGUAGACUGUUGCCCCUUUUUACUCGGCACCCUGGGUCCCUACGCUAGAAUUGCUGAUGACCUUCUUGGUAUUAUCCUAAAACAUCAGCACAGACAGUCACCAGAACUCGGUUCCGUAUACAGAGGAAGAAACGGAGCGACCGCUGCCAUGAAAGCCGUUGAUGAUGAGAUAAUAGACCAGGAGUGCCCCGAAGGGGAGCCGCUUGGACCGCAUCAAGCAGCCACCAACAUUGCAGUGUUCUAA